AUGAAUAAAAAAUUAUCCUUCACUCCCGAUGAAAUAAAAUUAAUAAAGUCACUGUUUAAAGUACCAGAAGCGCCAAAAAUCGGUAUAAACGACCUGGAAUUUGAAAGCCUAACGGAAGCUGAGAAAUUGAACGACAGCCAGUAUCGGCGUCUAAUUUAUCAGUUGUAUCCAAACGAGCGAACAUGCGGGUGCUGUUCACCCACGAAUGCGGAACGGUAUGGUGGUUGGUGCAAUAGCCGUAAUAAUAAUGGGAAUAUCGAUAGUCGCAAUCACAAAUCCAGUAAAAUACGCUCGGACUUCCCUGUUCGGUGUGGUGGUUGUGCAAGUUCAUGCUGUUCUAGUGCGUGGACGACUAGAUGGCGACAACGACAACAACAACAACAAGGACAACAACGAUUUGAAACACCAAGUACUGUUGAAGAAAGAAAGAAAAGAAAAGGCUUGAACAAUGGUAACGAUGACAAGGUACUACACUUUAUGUCUCGCUAUUGUGUUGAAAAUCAACCAAGCAAUGAACUUUACAAUGGUACCUACUGUUCAGAGGAGAGAAUUAGAGGCGGCGGUGGCAGUACCAGAGAAGAAGACCCUGGCAAACCAACCAGAGGUGUCGAGGAACUCAAGAACAGUGAGUGGCGAGGUCUAGCAUUGAAUGAAUGCCCCAAGAAUUCCACAUAUCCAAUGAGGUAUGACGAUAUCGCUGCGAGCAAUCAAAUUCAAACUUAUUAUUUGUCUUCAAGGUUUAAAAGUACGUGCCCAGGGUCCAGUGACGAGAGGAAUAUUUUGAAUUCACGUAAGAGCACCAAGCAUUCGGAUACAUGCCGACGGAAAAAGUGCCCGCACAUCGACUGUCUUACCAGGGCAUUUGAAGAAGCCCAAGAAUUUGUGGAUUCACUGGGCAAAGUCCCGGGUCUGCCUGGCCUGGGGUUGAUGGAUCCUUCAGCGAGUCCUUACUAUCGCGCCCCGCGAGAUUUUAAGAGGAUCAGAGAUGAGCUGCCAGAUGAAGGAAAUCCUUGCACAUCAGCAUCAACGUCACCGUGGACUAAAGCUACGCCUUUUACUAUUGCGGUGCCGGGCAGAAAUGGAAUUGUUCGUGAGGCAGCUGUAUCUGAUGAUGAUAAUUAUAAUUAUAAAUAUAAUUAUAGUAGAUAUAAUUAUGGAGAUAAAGAUAAAUAUAACGACGAAUUAAAUACAGCUGAUGCUAUUGGUCCUUGUGGAGAACGUCAAUGCAAAGCGAGGCGUAAAAAAGUUCAUCGUGAGACUGUGGUGACUGAAGGUGUUGAAACUCCCGUUGAAUAUGUUGAUGAACCGAAGAAGAAAAGUUAUCUGAUGAAAGCUAGACAUCAAGAUAGAGAUAGAGAUAAAGAUAGAAAAUAUAAAUUUAACAGACAAAAAGUUUACCAUGCGGGUCCUCGAGGUGACGGGUUUAGAAAAAGUAUCAAGAAGCCUAAGAAGAGAAAGAUCAGAAAGAGAGUUAAUGUUGGUUUUGUAAGUCGUUCGCACUCGGAACGGCUUUACGGGCACAAAAAUUGCAAUGAUCGGUUAAGGAGAGUUCCUGCGCACAUGGGCUGGUUCUGGACUGAGUAUCAACCUACCGGUAGACUGAAACCGAGAAUUGGUUGGAGACCUGGAGCGAUUUCGAAGCAAAUUCGGGAGAUGAUUCAAGCGGCGAAGAUUGGGCUGAUUGAAAAACGCAAUCGACCUGCUUCGGUGCCUUCUGCGAUGAGAAUUGGGAAGAAAUUGAAGACCAAGAGUUCGACGAUGCUGAAGAAAAAACAGCCGAGGAAAUUUAACUUCAAUGCGGAGGAUUUCAAAGCACCUCCGACAUUGUAUAUACAGAGGAGGGAUGGAAUUUAUUACUUUACGAUGUACCCGGUGAAAAAGGAGAGCGAAAACACGCCUGUCCUAGACGAACCGAUGAAACCGGUACAGUUUAAAAUUGCUCCGAAUAGAGAUGACGCUUCAGGUGCUUCUAGCUCGGUGGCUUCUGAUAUGGAUAUUGAAUUUUCACCCCCCGCGGCUCUUAAUCGGGCGAAGAAAAAACCAGAUGUUGUUCAUGUUGACACUCAGGUUAGACAGCAGGAUAUUUUAGAUGCCUUUCAACCGUUAGUUCCGGAGGUUAGGAAAGUUAAGUCACGGAAAAGUAAGAAGAAAAAAAAGAAGUGA